UCGCGAUGUUGAUCAACCUGACAUGGUUGCCAGCAGACAGCUCUCGUGGAAUACUGCGUGCACGGUCCCCAUAUCUCUCGUACUAGCGUGGCGCUUAUCGAUGGAGCAAGAGUGAUGCACUGAUCGCUCUCCCCGUUCCUCGUCGGCACAAAGUAUGUUAUAGCGCAGUUAUUAGCACUUCGAGGGCAGUGGGAGCAUGAGAUCACAUGCAGUCGUCGCCAGGCAUUGAACAGCCGCCAUCACGAGCCACCUCCGCCUCACAAGACCGCAAACGCAAGCGUUCAAGCCGGCAAGCUACUACCGAAGACCCGUCUAGACAGCAGACACUUCAGAGUCUCUUCGCGGGUCAACAGAAGCCUCAAGCUGCUUCCGUGAGAGCUUCACCGUCGAAGAAACGCCAAAGGCUCGAGUGCCCCGCUGCGACUGGAACGCCACAGAAGGCACUGAAUAGCUCGGAAAUGUAUUCCUUCAGCUCCCGCUCGUCGAUGUCCAACGGCGACGGGGUCAUCGAUCUCACCAAUGGCAGCCCGCCAACACCACCUCAAGCGCGUAGGCUCAACGGAGCAAUGAAAGGCAGAUUGGGCGCCAACUCGCAUACCGGAGCCAAGAAGCUCGUCGUCAAGAACCUGCGAACCACCACGGCAUGGGACAGCAAAGCCUACCUUGAGAAGAUCUGGGAGCAGGUCGACGAGGCUCUGGCCGUGAUAUUCAAAGAUGGCAUUGAUGGCUUCAGCAAAGAGGAUCUAUACCGAGGUGUAGAGAAUGUAUGUCGGCAGGGCGGUGCCUCGACGCUGUUCUCACGGUUGGAAGGGAGGUGUCGGCAGCACGUUGGAAGAGACCUGCGGGAGCCGUUGCUGGAGGUGGCUGGCUCGGACAGUGUGACGGUGCUAAAGGCUGUGUUGGCGGAGUGGGCACGCUGGAAGCAGCAGAUGGUCACCAUCCGCGCAAUCUUUUUCUUUCUAGACCGGUCAUACUUGCUCUCGUCAAGCAAGCCAACUCUGUCCGAGCUCACGCCACAGCUAUUCAGGGAGAUUGUUUUCAGCAACCCGUCACUCAAGCCCAAGAUCAUUGAUGGAGCCUGCGAUCUUGUUGCCGCCGAGCGUCUACGAACGCAAGCUUUGGACCAAGACCUCUUCAAAAAGGCAGUGGAAAUGUUCCAUGAGUUGCAGGUCUAUACGGCAUCGUUCGAACCUCGCUUCCUAGGUACGACACAAGAGUAUGUGGCAACCUGGUCAGACGAGAUGAUAGUAGAGAAGAGCGUGCCUGAAUUUGUAGCACUUGCGGAAGGGUUCAUUGCUUCGGAGAUGGACCGCUGUGAGGAGUUUGCGCUUGAUGCCAGCACCCGACGAGACCUACUAGCACUGCUGGAAGACCACUUCGUAGUGCGCAAGUAUCAAGACCUCACAGACCACGUGGAGCUGGGCAAGCUACUCGACCGCAGCUCAUUACCGGACUUGACUGCACUCUACGGCUUGCUGAACCGGAGACGACUGGGCGAUAAGCUGCGGCCCGCCUUCGUGAAGUGGAUUGACGAGACCGGCACAGCUAUCGUCUUCGGCAAAGAAGAAGACAUGGUCAUUCAUCUUCUUUCGCUCAAGCGCAGGCUUGACCUGAUCUGGCGAACGAGCUUCCAGCGUGACGAGGUACUCGGCCACGGUUUGCGCGAAACCUUUGAGGCGUUCAUGAACAAGACCAAGAAAGGUGAUGCUACUUGGGGAACAGACAAUACCAAAGUCGGCGAAAUGAUCGCCAAAUACGUUGACCAACUUCUCCGCGGCGGUGCGAAAGCCAUCCCGGAAGUGCUAACAGCACGUCGCACCUCAAGCAUCACAGAGUUGCCAAAAGGUGUUCAGCUACCGACGGCUGCGGAUGAGGAGAACAACAAUGAAGAUGAUGACGUGGACGAGGAUGCUGAGAUCAACAUUCAGCUCGAUCAAGUACUAGAUCUGUUCCGCUUCGUGCACGGAAAAGCCGUCUUCGAAGCCUUCUACAAGAAGGACCUGGCUCGGCGUCUUCUCAUGGCUCGCUCUGCCUCCGCAGAUGCCGAACGCAGCAUGCUUACCCGUUUGAAGACCGAAUGCGGUGCAGGCUUCACGCAGAACCUGGAGCAAAUGUUCAAAGAUGUGGAAUUAGCACGCGAGGAGAUGCAGUCGUACAAGCAGCGGCUGGAAGACCGAAUCGGAUACGAGAAGGGCAAGAACGUCGAUCUAAGUGUCAACAUCCUAUCCGCGGCUGCUUGGCCCUCCUAUCCAGAUAUUCCGGUCGUAGUGCCAAGCAACGUGAAGCGGGCGAUAGACGACUUCGAGCUGCACUAUAAGAGUAAACAUACCGGCCGAAAGCUGGAUUGGAAGCACGCUUUGGCGCAUUGCCAGAUGCGGGCGAGCUUCAAGAAGGGCAGUAAGGAGCUUGUGGUGUCCAGCUUUCAGGCGGUGGUGUUACUCCUCUUCAACGGGGUCGCGGAAGAUGAGCAUGUGCCUCACUCGCGCAUACUCGCCGAGACUGGGUUGCCCGAAGCGGAGGUAAACCGCACACUCCAGUCCCUCGCCUGCGCCAAACUGCGCCCCCUUACCAAACACCCUAAAGGUCGCGAAGUCAACUCAACGGACACCUUCACCCUGAAUUUAGACUUCUCGCACCCAAAAUACCGCGUCAAAAUCAACCAAGUCCAGUUGAAGGAGACUAAAGAAGAGAACCGCGAGACCCAUCACCGCGUGGCCGAAGACCGAAAUUUCGAAUGUCAGGCCGCUAUUGUGCGGAUAUUGAAGGGACGGAAGAAGAUUGCGCAUGCGGAGUUGGUGAGUGAGACGAUCAAGGCUACGAUGAGUAGGGGCGUUCUGGCGGUGGGCGACAUCAAGAGGAAUAUUGAUCGGUUGAUCGAGAAGGAUUACAUGGAGAGGGAGGAGGGUGGGAUGUAUGCUUAUAUUGCGUAGAGUAGUCUGACCUAUACUACGAUUGUACUACGAAGCCACUCGGCACCCACGGCGGGUAAAACCUAGUCUCGAGGGCACUGGAUUAUGGAGAG